UCUAAUCAACAUAAUUGCUAUCCUAUGCAGAAGGGACCCGGAAGUACAUAGUUAUUUCAAAGUUCUCCAUAUCAAAUCGGACAUUGCGUUGAUUGCAAAUGAACAGCCAUCUGACCGGUCUCAUCCUGAAUUGUUUAGACGUUCGUGGCAGAUGUGACGGAGGCUCGUUUGUCAGUACGUUAUCGAAGUUCAUUCUAUCCGGAUCAGGCCUAAGGUCCGUAAAUCUCGCGUGGUCGUCCCUGAACGUGUAACGUCCAGCUCGUAUGGAUCCCUACUACACGAUGCAAACCCGGCACUGGCGCCCUAGUCAUACCGAUCGUAUGGUGGGGGCAUAGUUACGUUUCACGUGACAUGCUGGCGCCUCGGUGGUAGGGAUCGAUCGGUGAUCACGUGACCGGUUGGCGCCUCGGUGGUAGGGACGCACCUACCACCCCUACGAGGAUAGAAGACCGAGCCACGGACAAGCAGGAGAACCGGCGGCAUUCUGACCUGGUAAGUCGCCAGCGUCUGGUCGUGAGAGAGUGAGCAAAGAGCUUAGGCUUGGUUGCCGCAUCGCUGGACAUUUAAAUCGACCCACGAGCGCAGACGUUGUUCGAUAAGGGCAACACAGUCUUUGCUACGCGUGUUCGUAUAUCUACUCGCGAACCGCCAGUGGUCCAGACUCGCUAAGUAACUCUGACUCAUGAAACAAGUCCGAGUUUACAUGUUUAUUUAUUAGAAUCCCACGUACCUUCGAUCAUCGCAUACGCAUACUAGUGUCGGUUUAAAGAUACACUCUCAGACGGACGGAAAGAAGAGUAGAAUCGAAAGGAAGAGUCACGAUUAUUUCUGGUGAUUGUCGGUCAGAGAACAGCCGAGAGACGAAACAGAAAGUGGUUUUUCAUCGGGGAAAAAACCUGCAACGUCGGCUUCUUUUUCUACGAGCGAGUCACCAGGAAUUCGUUGUUUCUUGCGUCGUACACGUACACUGUAUAUUAUUUUCGCGUAAACAGUCUCUAGGUGAGUGAUAUUUCGGAGUCAUCGCCCGAGACCAAGGUUCCCGAUACGUGUACAUACGUACAAUACACACGGCGUACAUACGUAGAUACGCAGCGCGUUCGUCCUCUGUCCAUCGAUGUACGCAUGUUGUAUUUUUUGUGAAGUGCUGAGUGUCCCGACGAGCGUCUUCCCGUGCUGCGAAUUCGUGUGAACUUCUAUCCGUAUCUUUACGAUCGAUUCGUGCAUGCUCCGUCUGGUCGCGCCGGCGAAAAACGGUUUGGCAACGUGGCACGUGAAUAAAGUGACACCGCGACGUCGAGGACGACGACGGCGACGGUGACGACGGUGAAGAAAAGGGACGGAGAACGAAAACCGAUCCGAGACGAACGUCCGGCGGACACUUUGUUUCGCGAGCCGAUCGACUCUCGCUCGUUGAAGAGGAGUUAACUCGAGGGCAAUACCUGCCGUCACGUUCCCUGGAUCGUGCGUGUUCGAGAGAGGUUAGGGAAAAGCAUUGCGAGAACCAUGGAUCUCCUUUGCUGCGAGUCCACCGAGACCGAGUGCAGGGCGUACGACGAUCCGGCUCUGCUCGAGGACGACCGUGUGUUGCAGAAUUUGUUGAAAACCGAGGAGAGAUACGCACCCAGCAGUUCCUACUUCGAGUGCGUGCAGAGGGACAUCUCGCCGGCCAUGCGCAAGAUCGUCGCAGAGUGGAUGUUGGAGGUAUGCGAGGAGCAAAAGUGCCAGGACGAGGUCUUUCCCCUGUCGAUGAACUACGUCGACAGGUUCCUGUCGAUCUGCCCGAUCAGGAAGUCGCAGCUGCAGCUGCUUGGAACCACCUGCCUGCUUCUCGCCUCGAAAAUGCGCGAACCGUCGCCGCUCACGGCUGACGUGCUCGUUUCGUAUACAGACAACUCCAUCACCCUGGAAGACUUAUGGAGGUGGGAACAGCUGGUCGUCUCGAAGCUCAAAUGGGAAUUGUCCGCCGUGACACCGGGCGACUUCCUGAUGCACAUCCUUCACAGACUGCCAGUGCCGCGUACUUGGGACCCGGUGAUGGUCAGGAGGCACGCGCAGACAUUCAUCGCCCUCAGCGCCAGAGAGUACAAAUUCGCGAUGUACACGCCUAGCAUGAUCGCGGCGGCGAGUGUUGCAGCCGCUCUCCACGGUCUCGACUGGACUGGCAAAAGCGGCUUCGGACUUGCAAAACUCCUCGCCGAAUUAACACGUAUCACAGCCAUCGAACAGGACUAUCUGCAGGGCUGCCUGGUCCAAAUCGAGGAGAUGGUCUCCCAGGCGGUGGGUGGUACGUCGUCGGCUGUGGAAGCUCCUAGUAAAGAACCAGAAGUGGUAGUGGAGCAGGAGGAGAGCAGUAGUAGUACUUCGGUGACGACGAGCGCGCCGCAGAGGCCACUGGGGGACGAGAGCACCAGCCAGGACAAGGUCCUGGAACACGAGAAGAAGGCGGGCACGCCGACCGAUGUGAGGAACAUCCAUUUUUGAGAGACGCCGCUGAGGGAAACUCUGGCCAGGGUGACUCUCUGCUGAGCCUGAAGGCCAAGAAACGCUCGUUAUCCAGCAGCGAUCAAGAAGAAGACGAUGUUCAGGGACCCUCGACCAGCAAAAAAUUCAAGACCAGCGAAGAAGAAAAUAAGCCUGAGGAAGAAGACAAAGAAGAAGAUUCUUGAAUGGUGGGAUCUACCUAUGUAAACGUAGCUGUGCUUAUUGUCCGUUGAUUCAAUCGUCGUUCGGUCACCGGUUUCCCUUGGCCACCGUCGUGAGACGGAAGAGACAAGUCGAUACAAGUUAAUAUAAUGUGUUCUGUACGCUGUUGUGUACGCGUUCUGUACAUUGAAAAAUAUUCGAGAACUGGGAGACAGUCAAUGACGAGGCUAGAGACAUUUUUUUCUUAAACCAUAUGGCCUCUUCGCAGAACUUUAGUAAGGGUGGAAAGUAUCGUCGUUCACCGAACAACCUCCGAGCGAAGGUAAAUUAUUUUGCAUACGUUCGACUCGCAACGUUUACGAGAUAUUUUAAUAGAGUCGAUGGUGAUUGACUGAAAACAAUUGUGCAUCGGUCAAUGGAGCUGUCCGUUUGCCCGUUGAAGUUUUUACUCUCGAAUCGAGCUAUGCCGGAGCGACGAACACGUGUUGUGCCGGAUGGAAUCGUGAUUCCGCGUGCAGAAUCAUUUUUUAUACAUAGCUGUACGUAUAAAACGCGAAUGCGUCGGACGGCGUGAAACGAGGACCUAAAGUUUCGUUCGGGUCCGCUUUGUUAUUUAGUUGUAUCUACGCGAUGUUUUUUAAUUUGCGAGGAUCGUACGAAGUUAUCGGGAAUCGGUUUCCGUUUUUUUUUAAGCACGCUACUAGAGACCGUACGUCCGUCUCGAAUCAUGAUCUCUAGUGGAUACCUAGAGUUCUCUUUUCCUUCGAUUGUUUUUUCUAUUAUAUAUUUUCGUUUUCGUAAAGCAAUUUAAGUUUUCUGUAGAUUUGUCGGCCGAAGAUGUCGAGCUUCAAAAAAAUGCAGAUUUCCUUUGUUGCCACGUUCGAUUUUCAAUCCUCUGCAAAUUCAAUUUUAUCCUGAUUUCACGAGGAAAAUUCUUGACAGUCAAAGUAAACGUUUUUUAAAUGAUGAGGCAAGAAUAUAAACUAAUAAGCAGGGGAUUGAACGAAUUAGUCAGCGAUAAAAAUAAGUCGUAAAUAAUUUAAGCUUGUCAGCCUGAUUAAAAAAAAAUGAUGGGCAAAAGACACUGGAAUCGUAAGAAAACAGAAAAAAGGGUAUAGUAAAUCUUUCAAAACCGGAAUAUCGUGAAUGGCGAUAAAAGAGAGGACAGCUAAAACUUAUUUCGAGUUGUACUGAAGGAUAGCAGAGACGGAAAGGCGUGCCGUUUGAGGGAAGGCAAUGCAAUACGCUUUACGCAUCUAUUUCGUAAUAGGAUACACUUAAUAUUUUUUUUAGUAGCCGGACGACGAAACGACCACUACACGUAAUUUCUGUAUCAUUUACUCGUAAGUUAAAAAAAAAGUAAUAUACGCGAAUCGAAUUCUCCUUCGCAGAACUAAAACAAAGGAGCGAUAGGAAAAGCAGAAAACAAGAGAAAAAAUGCACAUAGUCAUGUUGGAGUCACCUAGCGUUUUGUACAUAGCUAUACAUACGAGGAAAAUGAAUAUAUAUAUACAUAUAUAAAUAUAUAUACGCAUAUGUACACAUUAUAUAUUAUACACGAGGUGUGCGUGUACAAGGAAGAGAGAUAUCACGAUAUACGUAGCAUGCGUAAGGAACAAGAAGAUACAAAGUGUAAAUGUGUUCGAAUUAUUUCAAGCUAGAUAAUAAGUAGAAUAUUCUCAAGUGAAAGUCGAAUAACUUUUUUUUAUAUUUUAAAAACCAAUUUCUGGUUACUUUUAAUUAAAGUCUCGCGAGAGUUUCUGUAAAGAGUCGUGGACCAGAUUUGAAACGGAGUGGAUACUCUCAAGAAAUUUGGAACGUGGAAAGAAAGUUAUUUUAUUUUUAAACGGGAGGUCGAUUUUUGAGUGAGCAAGCGUUACGGCAAGGUCGAAUGAAACAGGGAAGCGUUUUAGGCGACAGAAAGUGCAUAAAUCCUUUCAUUUCAUUCGUAUUUACGCUAAUCAUUUAUCCAAAUGAAUUUUUUUUUUCGUUUCAACCCCCUGAUGGGGGCUGUGGCGCGACCCGUCGUUAUUCCAGUUCGGUUCCUAAGAUCGGUUGUGUCGGCCCGCGAGUGUGUCUGCGAAAUCCCCUUUAUAUAUAAACGCGGUGGAUGUGUUAUGAACUGCACGUGUGUGUCUGCGUCGAAUUUUCCACGAGGAAUGGGAAGCGAAUGAAACAGGGCGAAGGAAGGGUUCACGAAGAUCUAGAAGAAUGGUUUCGGACUUUUCGAGUGAGUUCUAAGCGUUUGGUUAAUAUUUCCUAAUUUCUAAAUCGUUUUGUGUACUAAAAAAUGAUAUUGGUAAUUCAAACAAUUACUGGUUCCAUUGAGAUGCGAAAAAUAUUAAUGUUAUAAUUAAACUGCGACUAUCAAAUUUAAUUCGCAGUAAACAUCUCUUAAUGAUGUAUUUGAUUUUCGAGUUAUUCAUAUCGCACUGAAUUUGAUAAUUGAAACCAACUGUCUGGCUGACUGUUCUUUCCCUCGAACCGCGGCUGUACAUAUGUAGGUAAGCUAUACGAGGCGUACGAUUAAGAUUUAACAUUUAGUCCGUGUAAGAUAUAACGACAAGUAAUGUGGCAGAGUGAGCAGACUUGAAAAGUAAAAGAAAGAAGUCGGAUACAAUCUCAAACAUAUAAUAAUUGGACCGUUCUGGUGCUGUGUGUGGUUUUAGAACGAACACUAUAGAAUUUCCGUUUAAUGUUUGGAAGAGAUCGAUUAUCUGAAGUUCCAAAUCAAAAUUGAUAUAGAUAAUUCCAAUUAAUUAACAUUUGACGUUUAAUUUCAUUUAUAACACAAACGAUCAUCAGAUUCUUCAAACUCCAAAUUUGGAAGCGCAUCUGUUCAUAUGUGGACAAGAUAAAAAGCCUAAACGCUCUAAUUAGAUCCACAGCGCCAGCAGAAUCGAGCCUCAGCUACUAUCGUCCGUCGCUAAAAAAGAAAAUAUUUAUCGCUACUCAGAAACAGGAUGUAAACGUUUCAAGUACCCCAUUAAUCUAUAAACCGCUGUGUAUGUACGUAUAAUUAAUUAGAUCGCCAGUAGUAAUUAAGCUCCCGAAAUGCAACCAUUCCAAAAAAUAAAUAAAUAAAUAAACAAGUAGUGGAAGAAUAUACAAAUUCCAAUAUCGUAAAAUGAAGAAAAUUGGAACGAUAGUGGUUGAGGUCAGCGGCCAACGUUCAUAUAAAUCAUAUACCUAGAAGAAAACUAUGUUAGUACUUAAAAUGCGUGGAAUGGAGCUGAACUAAAAGUUGUCUCACAGAACUUAUGCAAAUGUAAACGGUCUGCUGAAGACGCGAGAGGAAGGAUCGAAAAGCGGACCAUUCCAGUGGUCCGUGCUCAAGAGAAGGAAUCCGCGCAUUCCGAACUAUUAGAGGCAGGAAAUAAAAAACCGGAAAGGGAUAGUCUAGUGCCACAAUGCGGAAAUCUUAGUUAGUAUCAUACAUUUCAAGUAACCAAAUCUUAGUAUAAUGUAGAACGCGAGAGGAUGAGAGUGAGAUAUAGAUUAAGGUAGGGACAACAUAUCCCAGACUGGUGUAAGCAUGGCUGACCUUUUUCAUACUUGUACUACUAGCGUAUGAUAAUGCGUUCGUUUGUGCACGCACUUAUGUAUAUGUAUAUAUACGCUUAUACGAGUGUUUCAGUAGGAUGUUUUACCUUUUCAGAAACACAAACAAUUCAUUAUAAAAUUAUGUGUCUGUAAAUGAUUAAUAAUUUAACGAUUUACAUCAAGUGAUAAAGACAUAUUCUUUGAUAGUUAUUGUAUGAAGAGAACUCUGAAUUAUUCAGUGGUUUGCAGAUUUUUUUUAUAACUGCAUGUUUAAUUAAAAGUAUUGUGUUCAAUUAAGAAGUCCGUUCUGUUGAAAUACUUCGUAUAUUAUGUAUAUACAUAUUAUAUUUGUAUAUUUCUAAAACACGUAUCAUUAUGUACCUUGGAAGAAUGGGAACAUUGUCGAGAGACAGCGGAAGGGACGCAUCAGAAUUAAUUUUAACUUCGAGCAAAUUAAUUAUAAACCGGAAGCGACAGGUCUUUGAUGCAGGGUCUCCGGUUCUCACGCGAGUUCUAUCCGUGAGUCCGAUGAAAUUUUUUAAUCAAAACUUCUAUAUCGUCCAUCGAGGAUUAUUAAAAGCUGGUAAUUUAAUUUGGUAUUAAACUUCGAGUAUAGAGCAAGAUUCUGCUUUUGAUUUUUUUUUAAGAUUUUAUAUGAGCAUUUUGUUGAACAUACAGAUUUUAGAGCAAUUUGAAAUUAUACAAAUGGACAAUUUGUGUUAAUACGAUUUCUAAAAUUAGAUCAUGUUACUAAUUUUCGUUUUGUUACAUCAUUUCAUUCAAUCAUUGUGCAUUAAAUACUUUCUGUUCCGUUGUAUAGUCUUUGAAUCUGCUCAGUUAUUGAAUAUUCAUCAUCAUAAUACGAAGACAGAAAUGGACGAUGAGAAAUAUUUCUGUAAUGUUUAAUUGUUUAAAAAAAAAUCAUCGCUCGCCAGGGCAAAAUCGUUUCGAGAACCGCGACUCUGUGAACCUGUUUUGCAUGGAUAGUGUCUCGUCCCAAUCGAACAACCCCGUUAUUCCGCCCCGUUUUUAGCUUUGUAAGAACACAGCGAGCUUGUGACAUCCAUUUCCUUCUUUUGAAACCGAGCAAAAGAAAGAAAUAUAAACAUUGUAACUAUUUGCAUAUCCAUAUCACGUCACAAUUCCUUUCCUUUAUUUUUAUUGUAAUUAAUCAGCGAUUUCUCAUUUUCGUUAUUCCCUACUUCGAUGCGAGCACAGAACCCACUUGAACAAUUGUAAUCGCGAACUGCGAAUCGUUUAAGCUAAUCCUGGAUAAAUCUCUUUCUAUAGUGCAGAUUUGAUUUAUAUAAAUUCAAAAAAUGCUGUACUUCGAUUACUCGCAUCGAUGGACUGUACUCUGUACGUUUGUUCGUCAUUCCAUGUCUAUCGUUUGUCAACUUGUUCUCAUUUUCUUUUCUUUAAACAUCCUUACUCAAGGCAAAGCAACACGCAAAAUAGACGUAUGUAUAUACCACUGAUAUACCUCAAGCACCUGCAUUUACCGCUCGAAGCAGCAUGUGUAGCUCCUUGUUUGUCUAUUUGUUUUUUUUAAAUUCACUGGCGGCGAAGAAGUGUGCAGCGUGAAUGAAAAAGAAAAGCGAAAGGAUGAAAAAAAAACAUGAUUACGAAUGUAACCAACAGUUAUGCGUUACUUUUUAAAUCUAGCAAGUAAAAGGAAAAAAAAAGAUUUUUAAUCGGUAGGUGCGCGAUCGGCUUUUUGUACCAGGCGACAGAGAUAAACGAAUGCCAGGUACAAAUUGACUUUGUACAUACAUAUCCCACUUUUUGUGCGUGCUGUGUCGCACGGUCGAUUGAGAAAUAAAGUAUUGGUAUUUUAUACAGUCGUAAAA